AUGAACAACAUGAGUAUACCGUGCGCGAAGUCUCUCUUGUAUAUAAGAAACGGUGCCACUGAUCAAUCGCCUGGGUUUGCCACCUUGAACGCUGACUCUUCGGUUUGUGACGAAUUCCCAAUGCCUACGCUUCGAUCUCAUGGCAGUCGGGUUCUCCUGAGACUGCAAACCACAGACUCGUCCAGGACAUACUUCAACAUCAGCUAUGAACAAAUAAUUUCAUCCUGUGGUGGCCAUGUCGAAGGUAUAUCUGGAUCUAUAGCUGCACCUCAGUACCCGCUGAAGGACUCACGUGGUUUGGAUUGCACAUGGACUGUAGCCGUCGCGUUAGGCAAUCACGUACGCUUUUCACUCGUGAACAUCGACGACCUGAAAUCGAGUGAUGAUAACGGAUUCUGUGGCAUGUUCGCAGCUAAUCGGCUUGAUGUUCUCGACGGUCCUCACAGCGAUGCCCGUCUCAUGCGCCGAUAUUGUCGGAAGGUGGUUGGAGCUGAACCAUUGACGUCUGACGACCAUGAAAUCUCAGUUCGUUACAAACAACACGGAGGUCCAAUGCUUGGUCCACUCUACGGCUUCAUGGCCCAUUUCUCCACUGUGUGCACGGAUAUUGUUCAUACUGACUUUACCGGAUCGAUUCAAUCACCUGGUUACCCGAAUAAAGUCUGGACAAGCCAGUACUGCUCAUGGACCAUCUUGGUCCCACCUGGAAAUCGUAUUCAAGUCAACUUCCACAACUUCGUCAUCGAAAAACGUUUCCGCUACGGUGGGGUUCCUGGGGUUUGUUCAGAGAAUUGGCUCAAGUUUGGUGACGACGAAGUAGAUUCGGCUACCGUGAAGGAAGGUAAUGCGAUUAGACAGGUGUUCAAACUGACGGAAACCUGUUCCGACGUCCUCAAACCAAUUGUUGUUAAGAGUAAGCACAACGUGCUGCAUAUCACCUACCAGUCGAAGAAACUCGAACAGAACCGCUUUUGGCUUACAUGGACCACAAUUGGCUGUGGUGGAAAACUAAUCACACCGUCAAAUAUCCUCAGCCAAUAUUAA